AGAGACAGAGACAGAGGGGAGAGAGAAAGAGAGAGAGAGAGAGGGAGGGAGAGAGAGAUCCUCCUUGGCACACACCCGUCAGUGUGGCAGUGUGAUUUUGACUGACUGGCUGAUUGACGGGGAUUCUGGAGAAGACGCGCAGGAAGGAAGGACACUCUCUCCGGUUUUAAUCCACUUCAGUCAUCGUUGCAGAUGGUUUUUCUAGCUGCACUGCCUGCAUCCACCUAGGCAUCGGAUUUUGAUUUUUUUUUUCUCUCCUUUCCUUGAUUGGCUGAACCCAGCCAGCCUGGGCCGGGCUGUGGGGGCUGUUCAGCGAGCCUAAUAGCUGAAGUUGGUACCCGAGAUGAGCGUCUGGACACCCGGGAGCGGGGCUCUCUCUUCGCCGGGGAGAGGGUCUGGGUCGUGGCGUUGCUGGUGGUGGUGGGUUGUAGUGAUCGGGGUGUCAGUGGGAUCUGGAGACCCGUGGAUGUCCGCGGAGGCAUGCCCGUCUUAUUGUACUUGCAGCAGCACCAGGAUCUCCUGUGUGGACCCGGAGCGGGGGAUCAAUGCUUUCCCCGUCCUACAGAGCGAGGCGGAGAUGGAGAACAUCACCGACUUGUAUCCCCCGACAGUUACAAUCGCCAACCAGGGCAGCUUCUCCUCCAUCAACGACAAAGACCUGCACUACUACAAGAAUCUCAGGAACCUAACGGUGACCAACAGCAGGCUUACGUAUGUAUCGAAGCUGGCCUUUCAAAACAACAUCAAGAUACAGUACCUGAAUCUGAAAGAUAACAACCUGUCGUCACUUUCCUGGAGGAUAUUCAGACACCUCAACAUGUCCUAUAUGAUCCUCGCAGGGAACCCUCUGCACUGCUCCUGUGAGAACAUGUGGAUGAAACUGUGGUUGGGAGAGGAAGCAGACAAUCAGGAGCUGCGCUGCAUCGAGGAUGGAGGAGUACGCAAGCUGCUGUCCAGACUGACACUACCCAACUGUGAGGUUCCCAUGGCAACGUUGAACCCAUCCAAGGUGACACUAAUGGAGGGGAAGCAUGUGGACCUGUCCUGCACGACCUCGGGGGUGCCCUCGCCCGAGCUCAUAUGGAACAUGGCGUUGGUCUCCAACUAUGAGAUCGAGACAUCGGGACAGAUUUCAGUGCUGCGACUUUCCAACCUGUCGUCACUGGAUCACAACAGCAAGAUCAGCUGCACGGCUGAGAACAUCGUUGGAGAGAAAGAGUCCGCGCUGAUGUUGGAUAUACUUUUUCCUCCCAAAAUCACGAAGCUGACUGAUGCAAUCCCCGACCAUCACUGGUGCAUCCCCUUCAGCAUGUCAGGAAACCCAAAGCCAGAGCUGCUGUGGUAUCAGGAUGAUACACUUGUGAUGGAGGGCAAAUUCAUCGUGACGAUGAUCCAUGACGUCACAGAGAGAGAGUUCCACGGCUGCCUGCAGCUCGACAGCCCCACACACCUCAACAACGGCCGCUACAAGCUGGUGGCUACAAACAAAUACGGCACAGACACGAAGGAGGUGGAGGCGCACUUCAUGACCAAGCCCUGGGAGGAGGCGGAUAAGGACAACUAUUAUGAUCCAUUCACAGACGCCCCCACUACAGAACCUCCUGAAGACGGAGUCGCUGUGUACGUGGUGGUGGGCAUUGCUGCUGUGGCCUUUACCGGUUUCCUUCUAAUGUUGGUCAUUCUCAAGUUUGGAGGGAAUUCCAAGUUUGGCAUCAAAGGACCAUCUUCUGUGAUCAGUAACGAUGAUGACUCGGCCUCUCCUCUUCACCACGUCUCCAACGGCAGUAACACUCCCUCAUCCUCAGAGAUGGGCCCCGAUGCUGUUAUCAUCGGCAUGACCAAGAUCCCGGUGAUAGAAAACCCUCAGUACUUUAGGAACACAAACAGCCUGCUCAAAACCAACACAUUCGUCCAGCACAUUAAGAGACACAACAUCGUGCUCAAAAGAGAGCUGGGAGAAGGAGCCUUUGGAAAAGUCUUCCUGGCCGAGUGUUACAACCUCUCACCUGACCAGGAGAAGAUACUGGUGGCUGUCAAGACACUUAAAGAGGCCAGUGAAAAUGCCAGGAAGGAUUUCCACCGUGAGGCUGAGUUACUGACAAACCUUCAGCAUGAACACAUUGUCACUUUCUACGGAGUCUGCGUGGAGAGCGACCCCCUCAUCAUGGUGUUUGAGUACAUGAAACAUGGUGACCUCAACAAGUUCCUCAGGGCUCACGGUCCGGAUGCAGUUCUGAUGUCCGAGGGCCAGAACACCAGACCUGUGGAGCUGACGCAGUCCCAGAUGUUACACAUCGCACAGCAGAUCGCAUCCGGCAUGGUCUACCUGGCAUCACAACACUUUGUGCACCGUGACUUGGCCACCAGGAAUUGUUUGGUGGGAGAGAACCUGCUGGUAAAGAUUGGAGACUUUGGCAUGUCCAGAGAUGUCUACAGUACGGACUACUACAGGGUCGGAGGUCACACCAUGCUGCCGAUUCGUUGGAUGCCCCCUGAAAGCAUCAUGUACAGAAAGUUCACCACGGAGAGUGAUGUGUGGAGUUUGGGAGUGGUUCUCUGGGAGAUCUUCACGUAUGGAAAACAGCCCUGGUACCAGCUCUCCAAUAAUGAGGUGAUCGAGUGUAUAACCCAAGGCAGGGUGCUGCAGCGCCCCAGGACCUGUCUGAAGGAAGUGUACGACCUGAUGCUGGGCUGCUGGCAGAGAGAGCCGCACAUGAGACUCAACAUCAAAGAAAUCCACUGUCUGCUCCUCAAUCUGGCCAAAGCUUCUCCUGUAUACCUGGAUAUACUUGGCUGAACCCAGGAGGAGAGAGGAUGUGUGUGUGUGUGUGUGUGUGUGUGUGUGUGUGUGUGUGUGUGUGUGUGUGUGUGUGUGUGUGUGUGUGUGUGUGUGUGUGUGUGUGUGUGUGUGUGUGUGUGUGUGUGUGUGUGUGUGUGGUGUGUGUGUGUGUGUGUGUGUGUGUGUGUGUGUGUGUGUGUGCGUGCUAGGGUGGACACAGACGAACCUGUGAAUAAAAUGAAGUGUAAGAUGCUCGUGCAACUGCGCGUGUGACGUACCGCUGUACAGGAUGUGAAGCUAUUAUCAAACUCUUUAAAAAGGCAAUCAAAAAAAUUCCUUAACUCAUCCCGAACCGCGUCUUUCCUCCCUGCCAAUUUCCUCUCCUUUUCGCAUCUCUUCCUCCCAUCUUCCUUUCCGGAGAGACAUUUGCUAAGAGUAAUUUAACUUUGGACGAAAAAAAAGCUUCUUAUACUUCUUUUCAAAUGCUUUAAACUGACUGGGGCUAAAUUGAUGAAAACCUGAUGAUUAACAGGAAUUUAAAAUGUUGUGACUCUUCCCUUGCUGUCUGUCGGACAACGGGACUCGUGUGUUCAUCUGGAAAUUCAACGAGGGAUUUCUGGAAGCUUCGAUCCUAUUUCUUGUAAAUAUGAAACUGUACGAUGGAGGAAAUGGCUCUUUGCGAUGUGGAGCCAUGAAGACACUGUGUUUUCCCCUCUCACCCCGUCUGUCUAUCCCUCAGAACUGUUCAUGAGUAUUAAUGUCAGCAUUCAUCCAACAUGGCCGGAGGAGAUGACUGCACAGCUGAUGAUUAGCACAGUGCUACACGUACAGCAGAUUUAAAUGUAACAUAUACAAAUGAGUCGGAAAAGUAGCUGGUUUUCUGCCUGUCAGAUAAAAUUACCCGAUGACAUGAAAAAAGAGAAUAUCUGGUUGUACAAUUUCACUGAAGAAAAAUAAUAAUUUAGGAAUACAGUGCCUACUGAAGCUAAACUAAACUGCUGUUGUGUAAAAGGCAGUGCUGUUCCACUAUGUUGUAAUUGUGAAAUGUAAAAAAUCUACUGAUCUAUAAUACCCACCUCAUGCAACAGUCUUAUUAUAAUAAGGAUAUAUGCACUCAUCUCUGCAUACUGUUUUCUGUUACAUAUUGGACUGUAACACAGCACAGGGUAACAUGAUAACUCCUUUUCCUUUCCCCUAAAGUGACAGAUGCUUCAAGCACCCGUGUCGAAGGUCAAUUGAUUCAUUUGUCCGCAGCUGCCCGAUAAUCGUGAGGUCUUGGUGUUGGGGGGGUGGGGGGCGCUAAGGGAGGCCGGGUUGUGAGGGGGCAGAUCUCGGUCAGAAGUGUGGGCGGCGGCGCUGUAGAAGGUGUGGUUCAUUUGGUCAACCCAUAUUAAAUCAUCAAGGCUCUCAGCACUCAGACAUCCUUGAAAACCACAUAUGUGCAAGAGGGGAGGCACACACACACACACACAAUACCUUAUCCCAUCAUCCCUCCAUCUACACACACACACACACACACACACACACACACACACACACACACACACACACACACACACACACACACACACACACACACACAGUGAAAGACACUCAAAACGGGACGAGAAGGAAAUUGAAUUGUGCAUGUUUUAUUAUUUGAGCGGUGCAGUGCUUUAGCCAGGCCCCGUCCACUGUAAUGGUGUAAUGUAUAUUUCAUUACAGCCUAAUGGGCUCCAUUAGCACAGUCUCCUCACAGACAUUCAAGACUUAUUGUUUUAUGGCUGAGAAUAAGGGAUGGAGAGGUGAAAGAGAAGAAAACAGGGAAGGAAGAGAAAGAGGGGAGGAGUGGAGAUGGGAAAUAAGAGGAGGAGAGGUAAUAAUGCAUACUGGGAAAGAAUUGGAGAGAGUUCAGAGCGGAAGCAAUGGAGUAGAAAGGAGAAGGCAAUGGGAGGGAAAAGGUAUGAAUGGGUCAUGAUGAGAAAGAUCAAGGAGGAAGAGAAGAUAGUGGAGUGAGAGGAGGUGUGAAUGUCCUCAGGGAGAAAGUGAAAGUGAUCAUCCAUCAUUACUGUGGCCUGCAGAUGUUCGUAAAGCCACAACGCUCCCAUCACAUUGGGCUGGCCACAACCACACAGCCCACCAACAGCUUACAGUGAAAAUGAACUCAAUAAUGCACCGCACAUCCCGAUUAUGGAGAACCACUUCACUCGCUUACAGUACUGUAAGCGAGUGAAGUGGUUCUCCUGCUAAUAGUAGUGAGCUUACUCGUAAUUCUGUACAGUAUACAACAUGCAACCACAUACAUGCAAGGAAACACAUUUAUUGUUUCUUUUUGCAUUUUACUGGCAUAUUUGACUCUUUGCGGACAUAUUUAGAAGUCAUGAUCACUGCGGUUUCACUGAAAGCUUUUGGGAUUUGCUGUAAAACAUCAAUCGGGAAUUAUAAGUCUUAUUUGUUUAUUAACAACAGCACUUGAUGGUAUUGAUGUUUGUGAACUUGUUGAUUGAUUUAUAGUAUUAUUUAUAAAUUAAGAAGCAUUUUGUACAUUUCUUUCUAUAUCUAAUGUUGCCUUUUGCAACAACCAACUGAACUGGUUUAAUUAAUUAUGUUUUAGCUAAUGUGUAAGAUAAUCUUGAUUGUUUAUGUAUUUUUAUGUCGGGCUCUAAACAUCUGUGUCCUCGUGUAUACCGUACACUACAGCAGGGAUGGAUAUUCCCCCAGUCUGCCACUUUUGUAGAUUUAGUUUGACACAUUGCAAAAUUAUUGUCACCUGUCGGAGCAUGAGUGCCAGGGGCAGUGUUGACAAGGUCAGCUAACAAGGUCCUCAAAAUCCAUCCCUGCUGUAAAGUCGUAGUGGAGUUUGCACUGAGCGAGCACACUAAAAAAAAACACACACAGUUUCUCUGCGCAAUAACAGAAGGCAGGGUGUGUGAGAAACAAACAAUGCCUCCGAUGUCAAGAGAGACAAGACGUGGAAGCAACAUCUCAGCUGGCUGCACUGUGUGUGUACCGACCUGCUGGGUUUCCUUUCUUUUUUUAAUAAUGAACUGUGUCAAGUUGGACAGUGGUGAUAUUUUUGACAGUUAUAGAAAGAGGCUGCGUGAGAGGAAGGUUUGUUACCAUACAGACUAGUCAGCACAAAUGUAACUCUGGCUGAAGAUGGUGCCUCUGAUCAAAGUAAUUGGUCAAAUUGAGACAGAAUUAAAAAAAGGAAGAGAAACAACAACUGCUGUAUGAAAGGACACCUCAGAAAAGGAGGGACUGACAAUCACAGACUUCUCUCUCUGGCUCUUCUUCAAGUGACCUACUGUAAUAGACUCCCGUCCUCUAUGCUGCCUAUAGCCCACUGUACGUGAUAGUCUUAAACUUCGGUCUCUAGAAGUGCUACUUUUUCUUUGUUUUUGUAAUAUGAAAUAACAGUGAGAGGAAUGAACAAAAAAUACAUGUACAAAUGUGAAUAAGCUGCUAAAAGAAUUAAGCGUCGCUCACUACUGUGUCCAAGACUGUGUCAGUAUUUAGAUUGUAUUGUUUUUAUGUCUUAGAAGUGGAGGGCAGAGAGAUACGUGGGACUCAAAAAUAAACAAAAUGACAUCCAACCUCCCCCGGAAUGAAGAUUGUUUGCUCUUUCUCACGGUUGUGUGUGACUGUCUGUGAGUGAUUGUUGGCGGGGUGAGUCAGGAGGGGUCCGAGGGCCUGGCUCAGACUCCAGCCAGAUCCUAGUUCAAAUGCAAUGAGAUUCAAGGGAGGAAUCAAGAAUUGAUUUGUUGUCGCUGUUCACCAAUUCAUGAUAAAUGACUCUACCCGGUCGAAUAGGACUGAGGUUGGCAUUAUGGCAGCUAAGAUUUAUGGAAGCGCUCAAUUGCUUUAUUUAUGACUUAAAAUUCUGCCUUCUUCUCUACACAGCUCACUAAAGCCUGGGUUUCACAGAAGUAUAUCAGCAAUAUUAAUGUUUACUUUCGCCUCACUACAACAUAAGUAUCGUGCUGAGUUUGGGCUAAACUGUGACUCAGCUCACAGAUUUCUCAUACAGAUACACAUCACAACUUUGAGAGUGUUAUGAUCCGUAUCACAUUUAAUCCCCUUUCUCCGUCCCCACCCUCACAUCACAGUCUGAGCUACAGUACAGUAAUAGAGCUGAAAUAUCGGAAAGGUCAUCUUUUAGAUUACCUUUGUGCUCGGAUGCUUCUGGAGACACUACGCCCUGAAGAAUGUAAUACCACAAAAACUGCUUAACUGCUGCAAAAAAAGAAAAAUUCAACUGUGAUUUCACAAUUUCUGGAUCUGUGCUAUUUGUCUCUGUGUUUAGAGGGUUUCGCCGCAGGUAGAAGAAAAAGGAGGGUUUUGAAUGUUUUGUGGAUGUUUGGAUUGUAAGAAGUUAAAAUACAACAGACGGUAAAACACUGUAAUGUUUCUAUAUGGAAGAGAUGUUGAAAUGUUACGUCUAUACUGAAGAAUGUUCCUCAAUGCUCCAUCUGUAUUGCAAAACAAACAAGGUAAUUCAAAGCUAUAGAUAUUCUGAUUGAUGCAGCUAAUGUCUGUCUUUGCAAGCAGGUUGUUGAUGUUUAUGAGGCAAACAUUUAGAUGUCACACACACUCACACACAGAGAAACACCCACCGGUGGAGCUUGUACAGUCAUACAGUUGCGUAGUGGAAAUGAUCACAGUGAGUCAUGAUGGUAAUGAUAUGAUUUUUCUCUGAACGUGGACCAGUCUGUCUCGUGAUACAAUAAUUAAUAAAAAAUGUUAUGUCACAUAAAA